AUGCGUUUCCGUACUCAAGUGGUCAACACCGCCACCCUCACCAAACUGGUCGGCUCCCUCUCCUCGCUAGGAAAACUAUGCUGGAUGCGCCUAGAGGAGUCCGUGGUCCGCUUCACCAUAAUCCCCGAUCAGGGUACCCAAGUAUGGGCUGAAUUACCUGUUGAAUCCAUCUUCGAGGACACAGACUACACCCUCGAAUCCAACACAGGGGUGAUAAAUCUCGAAGUCCCACUCUCGGCGCUCCACCGCGCCCUCCGCUCCGCAGCCUCCGCAAAAUGGGUGCAGCUGCGUUUAACGAAGAAGGGAAAAGUCCCUCUCCUGGCAUUGACGAUUAGAUCGAAGAGCUGGGCGAAGGGCGCGAAUCCGCUCGGUAUUACGAAUGCUGCUACCGGUGGUGCUACUAAUGAACUCAAUGAGGUGCCCUCGGCUUUCCCUGCUGAAGAACCAGCCAGCGCCGGUUUAAUGGGACCCCCAGCAGCACCAGCUACAGGCCGGCGCGAGCGCGAAACAUUCAUCACCCAGGAAGUCCCCGUGAAGGUGCUCCACGAAAGCGCCGUAGAGGGUUUACACGAACCCCGAUGCCGCGAUCCAGACGUCCACAUUAUCCUACCCGACCUAUUCCAACUAAAGAGUAUAUCCGAACGAUUCACGAAACUCGCCGCAGAUUCUUCACCCAAGGCCGCUGCCGCCGCUGCUGUACAAAUAUCAUCAACCCAGAACUCCGAUCUCCCAGGUGGGAAUGUAGCGGGUGUUUCGCCGAAACUUGAGCUAUCGGCUAACAUGCAUGGGUCGCUUCGGCUUGCUAUUGCCACGGACACCCUGCGCAUAUCGAGUGUGUGGAGUGAUUUGGUGAAUCCGGCGCUUGAUCCGAGUCAGCUUUCGCAGAGCCAGCUGGAGCAGCUGCCUAGUGAGCGCAUGAGGGCAUUGCCUGGGGAUGAUGAGGCUGGGUGGGCGAAGGUAAAGAUUGAUGGAAGGGAUUGGGCGAGAGUGCUUAGUGUAGGGAGGUUGAAUCCGAAGGUUGUUGCUUGCUUCGUCCACGAAACCGCCCUAGUUCUCUAUGUAUAUCCUCCCAGUGGCUUCGGUGAGGAGGAUGCUUGUUUAACGUAUUAUAUCAACUCCUACAUGAAUUAA